GGGGCGGAGGGGAGGGGAAGGUUAGGAGAGGACGGCGGCGCAGGUCCUGCCGCUUCACAUCGGGGUCCCCGCCCCCCCGGGCGGCGGGUGGCUGCCGCGCUUGGGGCCCCGGCUCAUGCACUCCGGGGCCAGAUGCUACGGCCCCAGGCGGGCGGCCGAGGCGGCGGCGAGGCGGGGGACCCGGCCGGCUCCGCUCGGCGCCGCCCCCGCUCCCGGCUCCCGCAUGUGUCGCCGCGGCUGGGACCCCCGCCCUACUACACCUAGGAGUCCUUCGCCCCACGCCCGGGACGAGGCAGAAAUUCCAGCCCCUCCUCAGCGUCCUCUCAGAGCGAAGCAGCUACCAGUCCCGACCCGCGGUAGCCGCCUCCCUGCCCCCAGCCGCCGGCUCCGGCUCCGGCUCCGGCUCCGGCGUGUGCAGCAGCCACUGCCGGCCGGGAAGGUGAGGGGGGGAGAGGAGGACGGCCGCGCUCCCGCUGGCCCAGGUUGAGGCUGAGGUCUCGGCGGCGGCCAGUGCACCGGAGCUGAGCCCCUCGGAUGCUCCCUCGCUCUCACGCUCUCGGCGGCAGUGGCGGCGGCACCCGGAGCUCCGCUCGCUGUCUCCCUCGCUCUGUGCGGGGCUCUCGCCUCACUCCAGAGAGAGGGGCGGGAGGAGAGCGGCGCCUACUGAUGACGCAGUCGCCUAGCAACCGCUCUGCCCCCCCGCCCCCUCCCUAUUCUUUCCGCUCCGAGGUUUCCUCCGCGGGCCUUUUUUUCCUCCCUCUUCCCCACCCUGCCCUGGCGACUGUGGCGCGUGGCGCGCGCUGAUGACGCGGAAGGGAAGAGGAAGUCGAGGUUCCGCGAGCGGGUGGGUGCGCCUCGGGCCGCGGGAGUCGCUGCUGCCUCUGCCGCUGCCGCCACCGCCGCCGCCUCUACGGCCGCGUCAGAACUGAAGAGAGGAAGAGGAGGAGCCCAGUUGAGUCUAAGCUGCCGCCCGAUCUUUCCCCUGACCCGAGGGCCGCAGGGAGAGCUUGCUCCGUAGCGGUUCCCUCCAGAGCAGGUGGCGACUACUCGUUUGAGACCAAGCAGGGGGCCUCGGCUUUGGGGCCGGGCUCCGGCGCGCACCACCCGAACGUGAGGCGUUUGGCCCCGGACAGGCCCUGGAAAGGCCAGCCCAUCGAGAAGUUGUCCUCCAGCGCGAUCGUUGCACCUGCUCCUGGGAGCGAGCGCCCCACCCUUCCCCUGGCGCGCGGUGAGACCUAGCGCCGGAUAAUCUGCGGUCAGGUCAGGCCGAGCAAAGGUUUGCUGAAUGGACGGACGCCUCUCUCCGUGGCCUUAGCGGAACUCUUCAAGAGGAUGCAAGUGCAAGAGUUUUGUGAACUGCAGCGCGUUGGAAUGAUGAGAAUUGUAAUACAUCCGUCCCGUCCGCCCCCACCCCCGCCGCCCCCAGCCGUGAAAGGAAUCAGGGGUGAGGCUUUAGGAUAGAGCUACUACCUGAGUUUUUAGUGGAAGAGGAGCAGAGUUGCCGGGGAGCGGGGAGAAGAGGACUGAAAGGGCGCCUUCCUCCGGGAGUAGGUGGAGGGAGUUUUCACUGAUUUUCAUUGUGCCUUACUGCCGUCUGUCUUCCAGGUCUAACCCAAAGGCUAUUAGUUUCUUUGUGAAAUAAACAUUACUACGAUUGUGUAGCCUUUCCUAUCGUUAUUAUACUGGGAAGUCAGUGCAGAUUAAAAGCGCGUGAAAUUUAAAGUAUAGUUUUCUAGGAAAAGAAAUUUUAAGAUAAAAGGACCAGAAUCCUCAUUCUGGCAGUAAGUUACUUUCCCGCCGACUAGUGUGAGAAUGAGAUUAAAGCCGCAGCAAUGAUGAAAGGAAGUAGAUGCCACUAUUAUGACGCUGGACCCUGGCAACGCUACUUCUGGAAACUUCAGCGAUGGAUACUACAAAUCUUUCCAUCUUUGGAGGUGGGGGGCGUGCAUGGGUAAGAGCAAUUGCAUUACAGACAAAUUGGAGAAGCCAGGGUUUCUGCCACUACUUCCGCCAGCAUAUGCGAAAGAGUAUACCAAGGAAACUGAACUGGGUAAAUUCAAGGGCUCAUUAUUGAAAUGCUGCAGAAAAGGUGAAUAGGAGGAAAGAACGAGGACCUGCAAAACGAGAGACUCAAAAGUUGCACCUGACCCUCCUGCCCUUGACCUAAAGUUCCGAGGGUCAGGUUAAAUAUCUUGCCUCAAUUACCCCUGUAUCCACGGUCUUAGCAUGAUCUAGUCACCUUCUGUAUCUUCCCAUCUAAGUCUCACAGGGAAUCAGAUCAACGAGCCAGGGACUCACAUAGCUACAAAAUCAUUUCUGCUUCUGUCCCUCUUCCUAUCCUACACCAGAAGAAUGGUGGAAAUUUAAAGCGUUAAACACAAAUGUAGGAGGUCUUGUGAAGCCAAGCACUUCAUAGGUUAAAUUCUGUGGGCUUUGAAUGAAAAGAAAGAGCUCUGCAGCGCACUAGAGAACACCUCCGGGAAAGUGUGUGCCGGGAAGGGUCUUUUCAAAGGCUUCAUCUUCUACUUCUAUAGUCAGUGGUACCACCCUGCAGCCUUGUUAGGGAAAAACAGAAGCGCACUCGAGAGCCCUGAGCUGCACAGCUUGCUGGCAAAGCCCACCCGCCUCACCACGCAGGCUGAUAACACAGAGCUGGCCUCUGAGAAGGAGGAAAUUCAUACGCUUCCAACUCACUCCAUCUCUUUAGUUCCUUAUGUUGCCUGCUAAUCCAGAGGAGAAAACAGUCAUUCAAAAAUCUCACAAACUGAAGUUUCAGCUGACAGUUCUGUCCUUGGUUCAUCAAUGUAUGUUGAAGAUCUGCAUACUAUGUUAAUACAAUACAACAAAAGGGACAUUUGUACAAGGUUCACACCUAUACUUGAAAGUGAGCGUGGUGUUUUAUUAUCCCACAUCGGUGGUUUCUACUGUCAGUGAUUGCGGUAUGCUGUUGUUUGGCAAAUUUUCCCCCUAAUAUAUUGAUCACUUUUAGCAUUUUUGUGAAAUGUACUAUAAAUGCAUAAAAUAA